AUGGUCGACUACACCACCUCAAGGCCUCUCGCAUUAGUCUUGAUAAGCACGGCUCACAUGGUGUUCACAGGACUUAGCUUGGGAGAGGUCCGUAACGGCUACCAGGGCAGCAACAUCACACUUGAGUUCAGAUUUCAAAACAUCUCCGGCACAUCCAUCAAAUCUGCUGGCCUGUACAGAAACGACACCCAGAAGAUUAAUGAAUGUCCUCUGGAAAGCAUGUGCUCUGAGAGCCACGUCUGUGUCUUCAACAGGCACACCACCUUGGCCUUCUACUGCAUUGCAAAUCUGACAUUUGAACAUAAUGGGAAUUAUUGGGUUACUUUGUUCAUGAAAUCUUCUGGUGCCCAGAAGGUACAGAGCAAUUCAAUUUCCUUGAUCGUACACAAACAGAAGAGAUGGUCCACAGUUUCUCCACCAACGGCCAACACCACAGAGAGUGAAACCACUGGAAAGAUGCCUGAAAGGGCUUUUCCCCUCCACUAUCUCAUGCUCCUGGGAGUGCUAGCUAUAGCAAUAUUAGCUGGCUCACUAACUUGGUUCAUCAGGAGACACAGAAGAAAUACAGAACAGCGCCAUCACGACCCUAAUCCCACUGUGCAGGUAAGAGAGGAGGCAUCACAUCCUGCACCUGCAAUGUCGCCGGUCUACAGCGUCUUGGAUUUACCCAAAAGGCCCCAGGGGGUAGUGGACACCAGCCAGCAGCGAGUAGAUGUUGAGCCCUCAGACACGGAGUAUGCUGUCAUCGCCUUCCCUAAGGUGUUGGCAAAUCUCAAUGGCUCAAAGUAGUAACUUCUGAUAUUCUUUUAAAUCAUAUUUUUGUCACUCUGUGUGAGGGAAGACAGGCAGGUGGCUGGUGUGACAGAGGAAGAUGCAGAAGACAGGAAGAAAUGGAAACGGAUGAUCGGCUGUGGUGACCCCUAACGGGAGCCCCGAAAGUAGUAGUAGUAGUGUGUUUGAAAUCCCUUUGGCUCUUUGUUUUUUGGUGGACGGAACAGAAACUAAAUUGCUGGAGAGAGUUGUCAUGAUGUGUUCAGUUGAUUCAGCGCAGGGACUUUUGUGUCGUUUUCCUUAUGAUUGACAGUUUUCUUAAGUGCCAUGCACUUCAGGAAAAAAAAAAACACA